UACGAGUGCGUCACUAGUGCCAGUGCGAGAGAAAGUAUCAUUUCCAAUGUGUGUUUCACAUUCAUACAAGCAUUAGCAUACACAUAGCAUUAAAGUCUAAAGUUCAUAACUGGACACUUGUUUUGUUAGUUGCUUUAAACUGUUGAACGUAUUUAGCUGCAUUUCGGGGCUAGCCCUUAACAAUUUGAAAAGAUGAGCAGAAACUUAUUCAGAGCGGUAAUUAUGGGAGCCCCAGGCUCUGGCAAAGGUACAGUAUCUGCACGUAUUGUGAAGACAUUCAACAUGAAGCAUAUCUCUAGUGGUGACAUGCUUCGGAAUAAUAUUGAAAAGAGUACCGAGCUAGGCAAGAUAGCCGAGAAAUACAUCAAAGAAGGGAAACUGGUGCCAGACAUUCAUAUUACAAAGUGUAUCCUGGGUGAACUAGCGCAACUAAAAUCCAGUUCGUGGCUAUUGGAUGGCUUUCCGCGAACACCGGAACAAGCCGAGGAUUUAUGGCGCCAGGAGAAGAUAGAUUCAGUUAUCAAUUUGGAUGUACCUUUCGAUGUCAUCGUGGACCGAUUACGCAGCCGUUGGGUCCAUCUACCCAGUGGUAGGGUGUACAACAUUGGAUUCAACGAUCCAAAGGUACCGGGUAAAGAUGAUGUAACCGGCGAACCUCUUAGCCAACGACCAGAUGAUGAUCCAGUGGCGGUGAGAAAACGGUUGGAGAUCUACGACGCAUGUACUAGGCCAUUGAAUGAAUACUUCCAUCAGCAGGGAGUAUUAGUGACUUUUAGUGGUAAAACCACAGAUGAAAUCUGGCCGAAUGUAAAAAAAUAUCUCGAAAGCAAAAUCGUAAAGUCAUAGACGUACGGUAUAGGUAUAUUUUUGUAAUAUUAGAAUCCAGGUCCAAGGCACAAAAGUUAUGUUAUCAGUAGAGCAAACAGACCAAUAAUAACGUAUUCCAAGACUGAUAAGGCAUUUUGGGGUAUGCAAUAUGCAUAGAGUUAGAAGUGAUAAGAACCGUUUGGUGCUACUUAGAUGUCAAUCAAGCUUACUUAAUAGCGCAUCAUGAGUAAUAAACUGGUUUUGAAACAAUCUGCUUCAA